CAGGAGUGCCUACAGAGUCAAAGGGAAUUAGUGAAACACAGACUGAAGAAGCUGGUGGAGCGGCAAUCUGAAAUCUCAGUAAGAUUUCUUUUGUGAUAAGAGAGAGAAUCAUUGAGAAAUAUGAGGAGAUCCAGUCUGUCCUGAACAAGGACCUGAGGAUCACCCUGAGCCAUCUGGAGAUGGAAGAGAGGGCAGCUCUCACAGCCCUGGAUGGACUCAUGGAUAAGAACUGUUGUCUCAUCCAGGAGAUCGAGCAGGGCCUGGCCCGACUCACUGCGGCAGCGGAACAGAUUGAUGUGCAGCCUGAUAUGAUGCCAUUCUUCUCUUAUCCUUUGGUAAAAGACACAGAGCUCAUAGAGAGAGUGAUGAAUGUGCUGAACAGUACCAACCCCAGCAGUGUGACACUCGAUGAAGCCAAGGCAGACCAGAUGCUCAGCCUCACCAACAACAUGCUUUUACUUGUCUCCUCCCAAACUCCAGCAGUCAAGAAACUCAUCAACAGCUAUUCUAGUGAGGUCUGCCUGGAUCCAGAUACGGCCCAUCCAAAGCUGAUCAUCUCCUCUGAACGUGACAGCGCCACCUACACAGACAUCUGGCAGGAACUUGCAGAUCUCCCUGGGCGCUUUGACACCACUCUCAACGUCAUAAGUUUGCAAGGUUUCAAUUUUGGUCGCCAUUACUGGGAAGUGAAUGUGACUGAAAAGACGUACUGGGAGCUGGGUGUCACCUACCCCACCAUUCCACGCAAGGGCACCGGUGAGGAAUGUUGGCUGGGUCGAGGGAUUGAGUCCUGGUGUGUAGAGUUCUUUGAUGGGGAGUACACCGCCUGGCACGGAGGGGUAGCUCAUCAACUGCCCGUAGCAAAACAUUUAUGUCAGAUUGGGAUAUUGUGCAGUUUCCCUGCUGGGUUGGUGACAUUUAUUGAGGCAAACAGCACAAUGCCACUGUUCUCCUUCUGUGCUGGAACCUUCUCAGAAUGCCUUCACCUGGCCUUGUGUCCUGGUCAUGGCCACAAUGGUGCCAACACAAAUCCUAUUGUAAUCUGUAAGACCAGCAACAGGUGAUUUUCAUUAAUUCAGUGAGAACAAUGAAUUGUAUAUUGUCACACUCACACCAGUGAAAGGACACAGGAAUUAAAACAUAUAAAUUUGUCAGCCAAGGGCUGGCAAACUA